UGCCCUUUCUGAAGAUUUCCUGUUUCAUGAAAGUGCAUACAUACUGUCUGACUCAUAUGCGGCAAAUUCUGACUGCACUAUUUACUUUAACCCCGGGUUCCUUGAGACGCAUGAGAGCAACAGGGAGACGGAAAAAUCAAUCCGAAGAACGUCUCGAAUUAAAGUCUGGAUAUUUACUAUAAUCAAGCUGCUAGUAAAUGAAAAGAAGAGUAGUUUGUAAUCCGUCUUUAAAUGGAGCUACUUCGGUUUUCUGCUUUCUGGUGUGGAACGUUACUCUUUGGUAGUGUUCUGCUAGAACAGAUGGGGCCCUCGUCAAUGAACAUGCUGAAGCUGAAGCGUCUGUGUAAGUUCUGUGACGUGGAGUCUACCAGCUGCGCGGGCACAGGGAGCUGUAUGGCCGACUGUAGCAUCACAUCCAUCUGCCCCCAUCCAGAGGAUGUGUGUGUCAGCAUCUGGAGGAAGAAAGACGACAACGUCACCAUAGACACGAUAUGCCACAACCCAGCCCAUAAGCUGCAUGGUCUGGUGCUGGAGGACUAUAACAACAGCAAGUGUGAGAUGAGGGAGAGGAAUGGCAUGGGCUCCCAGUUCUUCAUCUGCUCUUGCUCCGAGGACGAAUGCAACAACCACGUGUUCUUCACUCCCUACUCUCUUGACCCCCAGGUGGUGUCGGUGAUCCUGGUCAGCCUGGUUCCUCUGCUGGUUCUGGCCAUGCUGGUCAUCACAUCCUUCUAUUGGUACCGCAUCUACCACCAGCGCCACGCCGGUGCCAAGCGCAAGAAGACGCCUCUCGACUUCAGCGACGCCCGCGCCAUCAUGAUGGAUGACGACGGCUCGGACAGCAGCUCCACGCACGCCAACAACCUCAACCACAACACGGAGCUCCUCCCCAUUGAGCUGGACGCCCAGGUGGGCAAGGGCCGCUUCGCCGAGGUCUACAAGGCCAAGCUGAAGCAGGGCGCCACGGGAGCCGGUGAGCCCUUCGAGACCGUCGCCGUCAAGAUUUUUGCCGAUGAAGAGUAUGCCUCGUGGAAGAACGAGAAGGACAUCUUCUCGGACGCUGACCUGCGCCACGAGAACGUCCUGCACUUCCUGACAGCGGAGGAACGUAAGGUGGAGAAACAGUAUUGGCUGAUCACGGCCUACCAUCCCCGGGGCAACCUCCAGGAGUACCUGACGCGCCACGUCAUCAGCUGGGACGACCUGUGGGCGCUGGGCGGGUCGCUGGCGAGGGGCGUGGCCCACCUGCACAGUGACCACACGUUGUGCGGACGCUACAAGGUGCCAAUCGUCCACCGGGACAUCAAGAGCUCCAACAUCCUGGUGAAAGGGGACCUCACCUGCGUCCUGUGUGACUUCGGCCUGGGUCUGCGUCUGGACAACUCGCUGUCCGUGGACGAGCUGGCCAACAGUGGACAGGUGGGCACUGCCAGGUACAUGGCCCCUGAGGUGCUGGAGUCCAGGAUCAACCUGGAGAACAUUGAGUCGUUCAAGCAGACAGACGUCUACUCCAUGGCCCUGGUACUGUGGGAGAUCACCUCCAGGUGCAAUGCCAUUGGAGAGGUAAAGGACUACGAGCCCCCAUUCGGUAAGGUGAGGGAGCACCCGUGUGUGGAGAGUAUGAAGGACAGUGUACUCCGAGACCGGGGACGACCAGAGAUCCCCAGCAGCUGGAUCAACCACCCAGGCAUCCAGGUGGUGUGUGGCACGAUAGACGAGUGCUGGGACCACGACCCCGAGGCCAGGCUGACUGCACAGUGUGUGGCCGAACGCUUCAAUGACAUGGAGCACCCAGACAAGCUGUCUGGACGCAGCAACUCGGAGGAGAAGAUCCCCCAGGACAUCUCUGUGACGGAGUUUGAAGAGAUUGAGAAGAAGGAAGUAUGCCUCAGAAACUACAAUGCCCCUGCCGAGGAGGCUGAGAACUACAAUCAACCAAGCAGCUGAGAGAGAUUUAAGUGGAGAGUCUCUUUGUAUAUGCUCCGUUUAUUUGUCCUGCUUGUGACUCCAAGGAACAAACAGAUUGGCUGUUGUGUGUCAUGGAUGUAAAAGGGAACAAAACUGAACAAUCCAAUCAGCAAGGAAUUUAUAUUUUUUUAUUUUUUUUAUUUACAGCAUUUUCUCCAAAGACGGAUUAAAGCCAUGACUGGACUGGUGAAAAUAUAAACCCCUCUUAACUAAAUACUGUUUGCACUUUAUCAAUAGCUAUGCAUACCACAUGAUGUACAGUACCAGUCAAAAGUUGACACACCUGCUCAUUCCAGGAUUUUCCUUUAUUUGGACUAUUUUCUACAUUGUAGAAUAAUAGUGAAGACAUCAAAACUAUGAAUUAACACAUAUGGAAUCAUGUAGUAACCACAAAAGUGUUAAACAAAUCAAAAUAUAUUUUAUAUUUAAGAUUCUUCAAAGUAGCCACCCUUUGCCUUGAUGACAGCUUUGCACACUCUUGGAAUUCUCUCAACCAGCUUCAUGGAGGUAGUCACCUGGAAUGCAUUUCAAUUAACAGGUGUGCCUUGUUAAAAGUUAAGAAGGAAUGCAAUUCCACAAACUAACAAGGUAGGGGUGGUAUACAGAAGAAAGCCUUAUUUGGUAAAAGACCAAGUCCAUAUUAUGGCAAGAACAGCUCAAAUAAGUAAGACAAAUGACAGUCCAUCAUUACUUUAAGACAUGAAGGUCUUUCAAGAACUUUUAAAGUUUAUUCAAGUGCAGUUGCAAAAAAACAUCAAGCGCUAUGAUGAAACUGGCUCUCAUGAGGACCGCCACAGGAAAGGAAGACCCAGAGUUACCUCUUCUGCAGAGAAUAAGUUACCCGCCUUAGAAAUUGCAACCCAAGUAAAUACUUCAGAGUUCAAGUAACAGACACAUCUCAACAUCAACUGUACAGAGGAGACCGUGUGAAUCAGGCUGUCAUGGUCAAAUUGCUACAAAGACACCACUACUAAAGGACACCAAUAAGAAGAAGAGACUUGCUUUGAGAUUUUUGGUUCCAACCGCCGUGUCUUUGUGAGACGCAGAGUAGGUGAACGAAUGAUCUCCGCAUGUCUGGUUCCCACCGUGAAGCAUGGAGGAGGUGUGGGGGUGCUUUGCUGGUAACACUGUCAGUGAUUUAUUUAGAAUUCAAGGCACACUUAACCAGCAUGGCUACCACAGCAUUCUGCAGCUAUACGCCAUCCCAUUUAGUUUGCGAUCAGUGGGACUAUCAUUAGUUUUUCAACAGGACAAUGAUCCAACACACCUCACGGCUGUGUGAGGGCUAUUUUACCAAGAAGGAGAGUGAUGGAGUGCUGCAUCAGAUGACCUGGCUACUUUGAAGAAUCUAAAAUGUAUUUUGUUUAACACUUUUUUGGUUACUACAUAAUUCCAUAUGUGUUAUUUCAUAGUUUUGACGUCUUCAAUAUUAUUCUACAAUGUAGAAAAUAAUAAAAAAUUAAGGAAAACCCUUGAAUGAGGAAGUGUGUCCAAACUUUUCACUGUUACUGUAUAUUCAGUUACUAUAUAUUAUUGAUGACAAUACAGUGCAAUUAUAGGAAAGAGGUGUACUGUACCAUUUGUAUCUGGAAAAAGAAGAGAGCAGUCAAUACUGAUACACUAAUACCAUUUUUACCUGUUUUCGACUGGCACUUUUUGACAUUUUUAAAGGCAUCAUUGGAUGAUUAAAGGGACUGGAGGAUGGAGCUAUAUCAAAGACCAAGGUGAAAGUUUCAUUCCUGGAAGCACGGUAUGAGAAAAGGGCCAAGAUAUGAAAUUGAAAAUGAUUCCCAACAAAUAAACCCAGGGGAAUGCUGAUAUUUAAUGACAAGGAAGGGAAGUUGAUCCCUUCUCAAUUAAAGAUCUCUAUCAAAAACCCUCUAUGUAUAAUGUUAAAAGCCGUAAUUAAAGACUUUCAGUAUUCUACUCUA